AUGGGGCCACCAGCCCAGGGGGGCCUCCAACACAAGAGGGCCACCUACUCAUGGGGCCACCAACACAGGAAGGGGCCACCAACACAGGAGGGCCACCAACACAUGGGGCCACCAACCCAGGGGGCCACCAACACAAGAGGGCCACCAACAUGGGGCCUCACAGAGGGGGCCACCAACACAAGAGGGCCACCACUCAUGGGGCCACCAACACAGGGAAGGGGGCCACCAACACAGGAGGCCACCAACAUCAGGGCCACCAACCCAGGGGGGCCACCAACACAAGAGGCCACCUACUCAUGGGGCCACCAACACAGGGCCACCAACACAAGAGGCCACCAACACAAGAGGGCCACCUACACAGGAGGGCACAACACAUGA